UCCCUGCGCCAGCUCCGAGGGCAGCCAUCUGAGAUAUGCUGUCCAUUGAUCUGUGCAUGGAAAAUUGUAUUUCUGUGUAAAAUCCAGGAGGGACAUGAAAUGACCACCUGGUGGCACCAUAACCUAAGGAAUGAGUGUGAAGGACUCAGAACAGCACCCAGGCUGAGUACUGAUUUCACUCCUGUCUCUUGGCAGAGGCGUAGCGAGCGCCCUCCGUACCCUCUGACCGGAGGGGGCCCCGCAAGGAAGGGGGCCCCUAAAAGUGGCAAAAAAAUGUAAGGUAUAACUAGGACCCCCUGCCUCAUCUGGCACACAAAAAGGAUGAAGUUCAGGCUGUUCGUACAACCCAGCAUUUCCUAACCCUGAGUACUCAACUUUGGAACCUAAAUAACGUUCUUUUCAUGUGUUUUUUAAAAAUCCAUGUUGGAUUCUUUGCUGCAGGCUGCCUGGAGAGCCGGACGUUCCUACAGGGCCUACAAGUGAGCGACAGGGUUUGUUCCUGAGCUGGAAUUGCAGUCAUUCCAAGGACAGACAAUGGCUGCUGAGCUGGGUGCAAGUGUAGCUUUGGGUUUCCAGCUCCAGGCGCCACUACAGCAGGGAAUGCAGCCCCCAGUGAAAAUGGAGGAGCAGAACCCAGUCAGCCCCAAGCCAGGGGAGGGAGCAGAAGGGGCAGAAAAAGCCCUUUGUGACAUCCAGGCUGGUACCAUUGGGGGGCUACUGAGAUGGGCAGCACCACGAUGGGUCAAGCAGGAGCCACAGGAAGAGCCAGUCACCCUCCGUGGGGAUGACACCCACACAGAGACACGGCGUCGGCGCUUCAGGCAGUUCCACUACCAGGAGGCCAAGGGGCCCCAGGAGGCUUACAGCUGCCUCCGGGAACUCUGCCAUGGCUGGCUGGAGCCACAGAGCCGCACCAAGGAGCAGAUCCUGGAGCUACUGAUCCUGGAGCAGUUCCUGACCAUCCUGCCGGAGGAAAUGCAGAGCUGGGUCUGGGAACGUGGCCCUGAAACCUGUGCCCAGGCGGUGGCCCUGGCAGAGGGGUUCCAGCUGAGGCAGCCAGAGUUUGAGGGGCCAGGGCUACAGGUCAUGGUGCGUGUAAAGGUUGAGGAAGUGGCCUCAGAAGAAAAGGCGUCCCCUGGGGCACUAUGGGAAUCUGCUGGCUCCAGACUAGAGCAGCCACAGCCCCAUCCCGGGUGUGCAUCCCAGGACGGGGGAUGGAAUGAAGCUUCAGAAUCCCUGUACAAGCUGCUUCAUGUCCCCAAAGAGGAGCACCAGCGCCUCCAGGAAAUAGCUGAUGGCAAGGCCAGUAGUGACAACAAAGGGGAAACAUGUCACCCAGGAGAGCAGCCAAAGCACAACGCAAAGAAUAGGCAGCAUCGCCCUGGGGAACACAACCCGGCAGAACAAGCUCAUAAGUGCACCAAGAGUGGGAAGGGCAUCAGUGUCAGCUCUGCCCUUAUUACACCCCAAAGAGUCCACGCGAGCAAGAAACGCUGGACCUGUGAUGAGUGUGGGAAAAGACUUGGCGACAGCUCGGCUCUCACAAAACACCGAAGGAUGCACGCUGGCCAGAAACCGUUUGUCUGCACCGCCUGUGGUAGGAGCUUCAGCCAGAGCUCAGUCCUCAUGACGCACCAGAGAACUCACACCGGGGAGAGACCUUACAUCUGCACCGAGUGUGGGCGACGCUUCAGCGACAGCUCCAACCUCACUCGGCACCAGAGAACCCACGUGGGCCAGAGACCCUAUAUCUGCACUGGCUGCGGGAGACGCUUCAGCCAGAGCUCACAUCUCACGAGACAUCAGAGGACCCACACGUCUCAGAACCAUGGGCACAGCUGCACAGCAGGUCCUGAGCAGCUGCUGCCCCAGAGCAGCCCCAUGGCAGGGGGUCUUGUGGCCUAGCAUGUGUCAGCUAUCUGGGCCUCUGCCUUGGUCACACAGAUAGAGAAUGGGAAAGGGUUGGGGAGAAGUGUCGGAAGCACUUUCCUGAGGUGACUGAAUGCUGCGAGGAGGGAUUGUGAUGGGUGAUCACAGUGAGAAGCAGAUAUGGUCUUAUGUACUGAGGUUGGGGCGGGGGUGAGCUGGGAAUCAGAACUCCUGGGUUCUGUUCCUAGCUCCAGGAGAAGUGUGACAUCUAGAGUUGGUGCAGGACUGUCAGCUGGAAGAUCCUGAGGUCUGUUCUUGAGGCUACAGAUAUGUUUUCUCCCCCAUGCCCACACCCUCUAUUUGUAAAAGGCUUUUGGCUCCCUGGGUGGAAACACUGUUAAGUAGUGAAAAGUAAACAGGGGCUUAAGGACAGGGAUGCAUUUGCAGCCAAUAGGUGGCUGGAUACAGAGGUGAUGACUCAAGAUGGGAGGAGAAGUGCCUGAGAUCAACAGGCAAUCAAAGUCCAUUUCUAAUUGAGCACCCAGUGGGUUUGAGGACCCAGCAGGGCAGAAGGGUUCAACACCCCACAGCCCUCACCAUCUCACCCGCAGGUGCUGAGCAGCUAGAUCUAAAGGAACAUCCCUGGGCUGCAAAUAUAGACUCCCAGGCCCUGAACUCCUUUGUGUCUUGCACUUGGUCCUGCAGGCUCCUUUCUGCUUGUUUGGGCUUUAGGGGUAGCAGUAUCCUGUGUUUUCCUUUUGCCUGGCUGCUGGGAACCUGCCUUGGAACCCUGAUCCCUACAACACAGUGCCUCCAAUGCCACGCUGGGGAAUGAGAUCAGCACUGCCUGCAUGGGGGAGAACCCAGAAGCAGAAACACAUCCUGAUGCUGUACCUCCUGGUGGCUAUUUGCUUUCUCAUGUGGAUCGUUCUCCUCUCGCUCACAAUCAAGAAUGACCAGAAGAUGACUGAGGAAUUAAAGACGAUAAAUGCUGCCAUUUCCCAGCGGAUAGACCAAGACCAGAAGAUGACUGAGGAAUUAAAGACGAUAAAUGCUGCCAUUUCCCAGCGGAUAGACCAAGACCAGAAGAUGACUGAGGAAUUAAAGACGAUAAAUGCUGCCCUUUCCCACAGGAUAAACCAAGUGUCCUCCACCCUGGCCAAAGCCAAGCUACUCUCCCAGGACGUCUCGGCACAUGGGGCACUUGUCUCCUGCCCAGCAGGGUACAAGCCCACGGGCUGCACCUGCGGAAUGUGCUGCGGCUCCUGGGACAUUCGCACCAACUCCACCUGCCACUGCCAGUGCGGCGGCAUCGACUGGACGGCCGCAUGCUGCUGCAAGAUAGGGCUGGAGUGAUGCCAAAACACAGCCUGGGGCACUGGAGAGCCCACCUGGCCUGCUGCCCCUGCCACCUCCUCGCCAUGGGCCCUGGCACAGAACCAUGCUGUGCCCUUUGUGCCCAGUGCAAUGAAUAAACUUGGAUCUGGGUCUGUUAAAAAAAAAACAAAAAAACCCUGAAUUCCCUGUAAACAAGACCCAAAUCAGGGGUUCAUUCUAUUCCAGACACUCCCUUUGCAGGUGUUUGUGCUUUGGCUGCUGGGAGGGAGCAGCCAGAGCAGUGAAAAUGCAAAUGCUGCUUUAGCUGUGGUAAGAGCAUCUUUGUCUCUUCUAAAGCUUCUUCCCCAGCUCCCAGCCUGGAGCUCCCCACAGCUUUACAUUGCAUCUGCCCCAUUUCUAUCCUCACUUGGGACUCUGCUACCCUGCAGCUCCCAGGCCAUAUCUACACUACAGUAGCACAGUAACAUAGUAGACAUUUCCUACAUCGGCAAAAUGGUUUUUUUCCCAUCAAUGUUUUUCCACCUCUCCGAGUGGCAGUAGCUAGUGUGAUGGAAGAAUUGAUCUAACCCUGGAGGUUAGAUUAACCUAACUACAUCACAAAAGGCACAGUUUUUUUUCCACGGCCUUUAAUGAUGUUUCUAGGUCAAUCAAAUUUUUUUAGGUGUAGCUCAGAUCUUAGUCACGAGGACCCAUUACAGCUUGGCUUUGUCCUGAUAACUGCUAAAUGCUGCACUGUAGCCUAGUCCUAACCGUAUCCAUGUAACAGGGUUACAAUCUUGGCCCAGCCAAGGUCACAAGGACAUGGCUCUGCUCUGCACUAGAACAUUGACCCAUGCUGUAACCAGGUUCUUAUGAAAGUGUUGAUGGGUUUGGGAUAUGUGCAUAGUGAGGGGGAAAUGCUGAGAUUGCUAGCUGUGCCGCCUUGGGAAAAUGAGACUCUGAAGCUCUGAGAGCAAAGGGCCAAUGUGUCAUACUCUCCACACAGGGACAGAGCAAAGAUCCUGAUGUGCUGCAGCCCAAGGUCCCCAUAGGGAAGCUGCACUGGCCAACAACAAAUCAUGUGGGGGAAAGAAACAAAAAGCCAAGGCA